AUGAACUGGGAUCAACAGUUGAGCUCCAUCAUCUCCGAGGCUGAUGGAAGUGUCGCAAAAAUGAGAGAACGCCUUACUUCGCACAGAAGAUCUUACAGAGGGACAGAAGACGUGUUUCCGGUCAGAGAGGUCACAGCUGGUGUUGAUCUGAAGCCGUCUGCGGUUCAGUGGUCAGAUCUGACCGCCAUCCAAACACAAUUACAGCAGCAGAGUCAGGUCAUAUUUACUCCAGAAUCUCUGUCUUCCAGAGCAGCAGAAGAGACUUCGGAUAAACUGGAGGAGAGAGAGCAGGACACGGGUCGGAGAUCACUGAGUCCUGGACCGGACCGACGGAUCGAGCAGUGGAAGAGAGAGAUGGAUCGAGAGCUGAGCAGUCUGAGAGCGCAGAUCAACCGCGCCGCGACUCUAGGAAACCAGGAAGAAAGAGGCGUGGCUUUAGGAAACAGGCAAAAACGUUUCAGCUCCAAACUGCGCAGAGAAGAACUGGAGCAGCUCAGGAGAGAGGUGGACAUCCUUAAAAACAAACUCCUGCGGCAGGAAGAAGAUACGUUCCAGCUCCGGUCAGAGGCCAGAGAAACAAGGAGACAGUAUGAACAUAGCUCUAAGACGUUGGAGAGUUUUACAGAUUCGUACCGAACGCACAGUUUCGAUCUCGCUCGGAUGGUGUCACAGUAUCAGCACACGCAACAGGAAGUGCGUGACCUCAGAGUCACUGUCUCUGAGCUGAAGGACGAGGUGCGAGGUCUGGUCCUGAGAGAAACCCUCCCCACACCUGCACCUCUAACACACAAACCAGUGGUAACUGUGAAGACAAGCCCCCAGAGACGUGUGUCGUCAGGGUCCGAUGAUGAUUUCAGUCCCACCCCCAGUCUGGGGGAGAUCAGCUCAGAUGAGUUAGAUGCAUCAUGGCUGGAUGAACCAGAGCCACAAACCAGGAGGAGGCGCCGGCGAGUCCGUUUAAAUUCAGACAUUACAGGAAGUGACCUCAGCGAUGCUGGAAGUGGGCUGGAUAGUAACCUUGGCAAUGAUGCUGAAGGAGUUUCAGACAGUCCUCCAGAUCUCAGUCUCAGUGACCUCUGACCUUAAAGGUCAAUAAAUCUGUGUGCUGCUAUUAGAAGGAAAUAGAAACCAUAGUCUUGCGUUGACGCAAGUAAGUAGGUUUAAAGAGUGCCCCGGACUGUGCUAUUUCUGCUAUAAUUGAUCUAUACAUUCAUGUUAAAUCAAGACCAUGGGCACAGUUUUUGCAGUAUUUUAUGACUGACACACAUUACAGUCUUUAUAGGCUUUGCAAGUAUUGCACAUAUUUGCAAUAGCGCAAAGAGUGUUUUCACUAUUAACAUGCAACACAUAACAUCCAUUUAGUCCAAAACUGUUUGACUUUUGCUUGUUUACAUGUUGUAAAUGUAUUUACAGGCAGUAUUUGGAGAAUGUUUGUCACAGUAAGAC